AGCCGCCGCCGGGCCUCUCGGCCGGGGUUGAUUUGCGGAGUGAGGGCGGGCACGUCAGGCAGCGGGCAGACGCUGGAGGAGUCGCGGGGCGGCGCGUGUCUGAGCCCCGGGACGCCGUCCCGCGGAGGUGUUCUCGGAGGGGGCCGAGCGGGGCAGACGGGCGGGAGCUGGCUCGGGCUGCUCGGUCGUCGGAGGCAGGGGUCCGAGGCUGGCACCCGAGAGGCCAGGAACUGAGGCUCGCGCGUGUCCCAGCUUGUCCCUUGCCAGCCGCGUCUCCAAACGUCUCUCAGCCGCCCUUUCCUCGACUCGGAGGGUCGUCUGUUUCGGGCAUGAGGACUGGAAACUAGAAAUUUCUCUGAAGAGUUUUCAAAACUGGGAUAUCAUUUCAUCCCCGUAUAAUGAAGGGGGAAAAGAAAACGCAGCUUCUCAGUAUAAUCCCCCCAUUAGGUGAGAGAAAGAUGCCUUAAAUUUAAUCCAAGCCAGAGCUGAAAAUUGGGUUCUAGGAUGGUUGACUUAGCUCCUAGGGAAAAGGAGGGUUGGGGGGCAGAAAGUCUGUUGAAAAAUCACGUUACCUUAAUGACCAGGAAGAAUACAGUUUGGUGCCAAGGAAAGUGUGUGUGUGUUUUCUUGAAAAAGCAUGCCUUAAUGCCACUGAAAAAUUACUUGCCUAAGUUCGGUUCAGUUCCAUUCAACCAGUGUGGUGACGCUGAAAUUCCUUGAGUUCAUAUAAGCUCACAUCAGUUCAUACCCACUCCGGAUUAUCGUCUAGAUUUUUUUUAGUGAUAAUCAACUUUAGGAUUUAGAGGCUCGUGAGUAAGGACUUUUCAGGUGGGUGAUGUUGCAGCUGCAUCUUUGGGGGGGGGGGGAGCGGUAUAAAAUAGCCAAUUGGAAACGUGGGAUUUGGAGUAGGACAAACCUGGGAUUAGAUGCCAGCCUUGCAACAUGCUGGCUCUGUGACCUUAAGAAAGUUUCUUCCCCUCUCUGAUCGUCACUUUUCCUAUCCAUAAAAUGAGAAUAAUAAUUUCUACUUCGUAUAAGGUUAUUGUGAAGAUUAAGUGAGGUAAUAUACAUAAAGAUUACAUUUUUUGGCCCAUAGGAGCACUUAGUAAAUGUCAAUAAUAAUUUAAAAAGUCAUAUUGGCUCCAUUUUGGGUAAUCGAAUUGCUCCGUCAGGAGGUCGGUAGUGUGCUCGUGCCAUGUACAUGCUGAGUAACACAUAGAAAGCGCUCAGUAACACUUUGCUGGGUGAGUUGAAUAAAUAAAUGUAAGCUGCCUAGUUUUAUGAUUGCUGGAACCACUGUGUCGAAAGGAUAUUAAUCAGGCGAUGGUAGCUGUGUACAGUGGCCCCGUCCGCACCUACGUUUUCGUUUAUGUCUUGAAUGAGAAUUAUGUAUAUGCUGGUCAAGUGUGCUGGUAGCCUGCAUUUGGGAUAAGUAGCAUAUAUAGUGGACUUGGAAAGACCUUGACAGCUUAAAUAAUUCUCUAACGCUGUGCAGAAUGUUUUUCCAAAACAACAACAACAACAACAACAAAUAUAUUGUAGAAAAUUUGAGAAGUAGAUUUUAAAAAAAAACCCACCCAUGACUGUGCUACUCAGCUAACUCUGGGUAACAGUGUGGUAUAUAUCUCUCUGGACAACAAGCAGGACAAAUUAGGGAUCAAACGGCACACGAUGUUUUCUAACCAAACAGGAUACAUUUACUAGAUAGUAUAGUAGCAUUAUUGCUAGGAACCAGGGUGUGGAAUCAGUGCCUGGGCAAAACCUUGAUCCCUCAGUGAUCCUGGGACAGAUUACCUCACAUGUCUGCCUCAGUGUUCUCAUCUUAAAGUGGAAUGAUAUCAGCACUGUAUGAAUAAAUGAGGGUAUUUAUGUAAGUACUUAGCGUACUAACUGCUGUAUAGUAACUACUGAAUACGUUUAUUAACCUCAGAGACAUGACCUGUAGACUGUUAGGGCCGGAUGGACCCUAGAGGUCACAUGGCAUAAUCCCUUCAUCAUGCAGGUGGGAGAGCAGACUCAGGGACUUGCUUAUUUUCAGAAGGUCCAGAUGUGUCCCUGCUCUUCUCUGCGCACAGGCCACCCCAUGAAGCCUUCCUAUGUCUUUGCCUCCCUUUCCCUCCCCGUGGGCCAUGGUAGUCUUUCUUCUUGUUUUGUGCCCUGAUAGCCCUUUGUCCAUAUCUCUUCUGUAGUACAAGUGCAGGCUGGGGUUUGCAGUUCUACGCUCUUGUCUCUUCCGCUCGUCUGUGGCUCCUUCAAGGGCUUGGCGCAUCUUUGCACCUUCAGAACUAAGCUCCUUGACGGUGGUCCUUUUUGUAAGUGAAUGUGUUGUGGAUGCGGGGGAGGCUUACAAAUAUUGAUAGAAUAGUGUCCAGAUCACAGAAAAGAAUAAUUCCAUCACGUGUUAUUCAUUCAUCUCACCACUAUUUACCGAGUACUUACUUUGUGCCAGACAUGGUCCUGUGCAGGGGAUUCAGUGCUAUCUACGACAGGCUCGUCCACUUCUUUCAAUCUAAUGUGGAAGACAGACAUCACACAGUGGGUUGCCUGUUAUAUAUUACUAUUUUACUGUGUGCUGCAGAGGAGAAUAAGGCCACCAGGAGAGCCAAGUACAGGGACCCUGGUUUGGCAGAUGGAGAGAGGAGGUCAGGAAAGGCCCUUCUGAGGAUGUAGCAGGUAAGCCUAGAUCUGAAGGAUGAGUAUGAGGGGGAGGGUUGGGGACAUGGGUGUGGGAGUGCCAUGUGCAAAGGCCCAGAGGAGAGAAGGAGCUCGCUACAUUCCAGGAACCUAAGGAAGACCAGGAUGAUGGAGGGUAAAGCUGAGACUGGUGAAAUGGGUAGAGGUCAGAUUCUAAAGGGCUUCGUAGCUCAUGUUAUACCUUUUCGAUUUUAGCCUAAGAGCAAUAGAAAGCCUGCCUGAUAUUGUGCUUAACUUGGAACACUUGCUUUUAAAGGGGAGCUGACAUGGGAAUAAAGCAUGACUGGGAUGAUAAGGGAUCUAAAGUUUGUGUCCUGUUUGGGAUGUUUAGUCCAGAGAAGGAGAAAAACAGGAGUUCUGUGGUGAGUGAAGGGAUGUUAUGGUUAAGAGUUGCUGCAGAAAGCAAACUGCAGACUGGUAGAUGGAUCUUCCAGGAGACACAUCUUGCCUGAAUGUUAGGAACAGCUUCCCAACCCCGAGAAUUUGGUUGGGGACAGAAUGGGCUGCCUCAUGGGGUGGAGAGCAGGAGGAGGAGGUGCAGGCGGGAGCUGCAGGGCUACCUGUCAGGGGUCCUGUGAUGGGAAUUCCACACAUGUGUGAGUGGAGAGGCCUUUAGGCCUUCUUGUGCCCCAAGAGCCUAUGGUUCUGUAAACCAGGUAAGAUCUGCACAUUUCAUUCCAUCUUACAAAUGAUUGAAGAGACCUGAAACUUGACUUCAUCUCUUUUUAGUCUGAAAACUUGGGACUUUGUAAAAAUAAAUUUGUAAAAUGAGGCAGGUCAGUACUUACUUUAUUAAUACUGAAUAUUAACACUACAUAUUUGAAGUCAUACGUAUUGAAUUACUUAGCUAUAGGAGCCCUUAGGGUUGCCAGGAACAAAAAACUGUUGUUACUGCUAGGUUAGUCAGCAGCUGACAGUCAUGGGUAAAACAAGCUGAUGUGUACACAGAAGUCAUGAUUUCAAGCCGAGAGGAAACUAACAUAUUCGGAGCGAAACCGGAACUCCAGAAUAACAAGCCCUGGCUACUCACGGGAUGCUUUUAUAUUCAUGUGUAAUGUAAAUUGGAAGAGAAGGCCAAGGAAAAUAGAGGAAUUGGCUGGUCUUCUCCUAGGGGUAGUUUGGACAUCAGGCACUUAACAGCAUUCAUGUUGCAGAAAUCAGAAGCAACAGGCAGAAACUCUCUCGUGUUGUAGCCUGUAAUCAGUGAUCAGGUGGGGAUGGAAAGGCGAGGAGAGUUGGAAAUAACUGUGAUAGAGGUGAUGGAUGGAGCUGCAUUCUCAUUUGGAAUGGAAGCUGGGAGGAGGAAUCGUCUCCAAGCCAUCUGAAUGUGGGGGCGCAGCUUGAGGGCAGAGAAUGACAGCCAUCCAGGUGCUCUUGGGGUAGAGUGGUAAUGAGGGUUUCUGCUUCCUGGGCAUGAGCUGGGAUGCAGCGUCUCACGUGUAGUCACCGAUGGGCUUUGUUGGUGGCAAGAGAAAAGAUUCGUUUCCCCCUUCCCCGUCCUGGUCGUGUAAAUGGAUUCCUAGGGAUUUGGAUUGACUCGGCUUGCACACCUCACAGCCAGCAGCGGCCACCAAAAGAAAAUACCAAGCAUCCAGUGAGGCUCCCCCAGUGAAACGGAGGAGCGAAACAUCGUUUCUCCCCGCCAAGAAAACUGCUGCUAAAGAAACUCCAAGGACUUUUAAGAGGAAGGCACAGAAAACGUUUUCUCCCAAGAAGUCUUCAGCUGGUGUGAAUGAUGGAAACCAGAAGUGGAAACCAGGCAUUAAGACUUCAUCCCUAUUUAAAAACAACCCUGAGAUUCCAGAACUCCACAGACCUGUAGUAAAUCAGGUGCAAGAAAAAGUGUUCACUUCAGAUGCUUUUCAAGCCCUGGACAUCCACCCACAUCUAAUUUCCACAAUAAAUACGGUCUUAAAAAUGUCUAGUAUGACCAGCGUUCAGAAGCAAAGCAUCCCUGUGUUGCUGGAAGGCAGAGAUGCUCUCGUGAGAUCCCAGACGGGCUCAGGUAAAACUCUUGCCUAUUGCAUCCCUGUGGUCCAGUCUCUUCAAGCCAUGAAAUCCAAAAUACAGCGUGGUGAUGGCCCCUACGCUCUGAUACUAGUGCCAACGAGAGAGCUGGCUCUGCAAAGCUUCGAUACUGUCCAGAAACUGCUGAAGCCAUUUACCUGGAUUGUGCCUGGAGUGUUAAUGGGAGGAGAGAAGAGAAAAUCAGAAAAAGCAAGACUCCGGAAAGGAAUAAAUAUCCUCAUCUCAACUCCCGGACGCCUUGUGGAUCAUAUAAAAUCCACAAAGAACAUUCAUUUUCGUCGGAUCCGGUGGCUGAUUUUGGAUGAAGCAGACCGCAUCUUGGAUUUGGGUUUUGAGAAGGACAUCACCGUGAUACUCAAUGCUGUAAAUGCCGAGUGCCAGGAACGACAGAACGUCUUGCUGUCGGCGACGCUCACGGAAGGUGUAACAUGGCUAGCUGCUGUCAGUUUACACGACCCUGUCAGUAUUUCUGUCCUGGAUGGGAGCCACGAGCAGUCGAACCCAAAGAGCAAAGCCAUUCCUGACGCUUCUCCUCCACGAGCUAGCGAGGAGCUGGACAGCUUUGCCAUACCAGUCAGUCUGGAGCAGCACGUGACAGUGGUUCCCAGCAAGCUGAGGCUCGUCUCCCUCGCGGCCUUUAUCCUGCAGAAAUGCAAGUUUGAGAGAGACCAGAAGAUGAUCAUCUUUUUCUCGAGUUGCGAGCUGGUGGAGUUCCACUACAACCUCUUCCUCCAGACCCUGCUGAGCGGCGGCGGGGCUCUGGCCCCAGGAGGGCCGCCAUCUGCCUCCACGCGGGCAAAAUUCCUGCGGCUGCACGGCGACCUGGAGCAGGAGGAAAGAACAGCUGUGUUUCAAGAAUUCUCCCAUUCCAAAUCAGGCGUUCUUCUCUGCACGGACGUUGCAGCGCGGGGCUUAGAUCUCCCUCAGGUCACGUGGAUCGUCCAGUACAACGCUCCGUCCUCACCUGCUGAAUACAUCCACCGGAUUGGGAGAACCGCCCGGAUUGGCUGCCGUGGGAGCAGCCUGCUCAUUUUGGCUCCUUCGGAGGCAGAAUAUGUCAACUCGUUGGCUUCUCACAAAAUCAACGUUUCUGAGAUAAAGAUGGAAGAUAUUUUGUCUGUUCUGACAAGGGAUGAUUGUUUUAAAAGGAGACAUUGGGGAAGCCAGAAAUCCCGUGCCGUUGGCCCCCAGGAAAUCCGAGAGCGCGCCACGGUCUUGCAGACGGUGUUUGAAGAUUACGUGCACUCCAGCGAGAGGACGGUCUCCGGGGCCAAGAAAGCCCUGCAGUCCUUCAUCCGGGCCUACGCCACCUACCCCCGGGAGCUGAAGCACAUCUUCCACGUCCGGUCGCUCCACCUCGGGCAUGUGGCUAAGAGCUUUGGGCUAAGAGAUGCCCCUAAAAAUCUUAGUGCCUUGGCUAUAAAGAAGAAGAAAGCAAACCUGAAAAGGCCUGACCUUCAUAGGAAGACCCAGAGUAAACAGCGCCUUGCUGAGAUCUUGCGUUCGGAAUACUCCAGUGGGAUGGAGACCAGCGUCGCCAAGGUCAAAAAGCAAAACAAACACGCAGGACCCGGCAGCCAGCCACGCAGCGCCGUCCGCAACCAGCGCCCGGCCUCGGCCGUGGGAACAAAUUAAACCCCAGAAGCCUCAUGGAGGGAGAACGAGACUUCCCAGAAAGUAGUUUUAAACUCUGCCCGCACAGGACUGGGCCUCAGAGUGGAUUCUGGAGGGGGCGUCCAGUUGUCUUCAGAGGAGCCUUGUGAGAACUAAGGGUGCCGCCUCCCCCUGCAGACCCGUCCCUGAGACAGAAGCCGCAGCCCGAGGAAUCGGGGCGGGGGGGGGGGGGGCAGUCAGCACAGGAUGGCUUAGCUGAUGAACCUGCCUGUGUAAGAUCUCUCUCGGGUUUGCGGCAUCAGAUCGCACGGUGCCCACCACGACUUGAUGUAAAAUCCUAAUGUCCUGCAGUAGCCAGGAAGGGGUUUGAUCCUGCCUAGUGACAACAUUCUGAAGAGGUUUCACAGUUUACUUCAAGCUGCCCUCUCGACGCAUGUAUUGGCCUGAAUUUUAUAAAGUAGGAUUUUAAAACCUGGAAUUGGUAAAAGAAGAGAAAAAACUAUUUGUUAGAUCAUGUUCUUGAGGUACAAAUGUUUUAUCAAGAAGGACCACAGGAGCCUCGCGGGGGUCCAGGACGCCUGCGGGGUCUUAUUUCCUGUGCACAGGCGGCUACAGACCACGUCCCGUUCACAUGCAAUGCUCUCUCCUUCCUGUCCAGGGAAAAUGGGCUUUCUCAGGACUAACUGAUUUACUGUUGCCUUUUUAUUAUUUGCCUUUGAAGUCAAAAGGCACCGGUGUCCCGAGCUUUUUCUCUCCCAUCGAAUCCCCUCUUGUCUUCCAGACAGGUCUGUGGGUCUGUAUUGUGGCCCGGGCCACAGCUGCCCCUCCCCCAUUGUGUUUUCUGGGAGGUUUGAAAGAGGACCCCCCGGGGCGUAUUGAUUUCCCAAUAAAUGUAAGAUUUGGACACGGGUAACUCCAGAGGGGUCCAAAGGGGAAGGGGAAAAGCCCUGGCACCUCUCUGUCUGCACCUCUCUGUCCACCGGGCACUUUUCCUGCUGUUCUCAGCCCACCGCCCACCCCGAAGUUCCUGGCAUGGGUGACGAGGCACCCCCUUCAUAAGACUCUCCAGAGCCACGUGAACUCAAGGGCCAGGAGAGGAUUUACAGGGUGGGCUGUCUACGGGGACCAUGGGGAGCAGGUCGGUGUCCUUGCCUCCACCCCUCAGGUGAAGGUGAUCUUGGGCUGACACCACACCAGAAGGGACUCAUUGUAAGGGUGACUGUGAGAGGGAAACUGACCUCACAGACUUGGCUGUCACAGGAAUUAAAAGGGACAGUUGGUGAAAUCUCUAACAGUAAUAAUAAGUAAACCUGCAGCACAAUUACACUGACAUUGGGCAAAUCUUCCACCUUCCUUUUAUUUCCAUGUGUAAAAUGGUCCACAUGAUUUGGAUGAGAAAAUGAGGGAUCAAACUUUACAAACAAAACCCAGCUGUGUGAGAAACAGGAUUAAUGCCAGUGAUCUGGGAUGAUCAAAGAGAAACCUUACUUUUUUAUUUUUAUUUUUUCCCCGGAGUCCUCUUUCCAUUCAAGGGUGAAUCUGCAGAGUUCUGCAGUCCGGGGGCUGGGGGGGCAGCGCCAGAACCUUGGAAAGCAUGUAAGUGACUGUAAUUCUGAGAUGGAAACUUACUCUUAAUUUGCUAACACUUAGGUUAGGGUUUCUUGCCAUAGAUGCUGUGUGGGCCUGUUUCUAAGUAGAAUCAAUAUAUUACCCCCAGUUAAUAAAGAAACAUGGAUUUAGCAGAUUUAGGGUUAAUAUUAUCUAAAUUUAAAUAACCUGAAAAUAAAUCUCUUUCUCUCUUAUGGCUCUUGACAGAUUAUACAUUUCAGGCAUCAAUUAGGCAAAGCUUUGGCCUAAUUCCACUGUACAUAUUCUAAUUUUGUGUGUGUUUCUAAUCGUGCCUCUUUUGCUAAUUUCCCAAACUUACCUCUUUCUCUGGGUCAUAAGCUUGAUCCCCACAUUUAAAAGAGAAUUUGGACAUUUCACGGGAUGUUGCAGCCUAAAGCUUUUUUCCCUCAUGGGCUUAUAAAAUGCUUUUUUUGAAUCCCAGACAUCUUCAUGUUUGCAACCCUUCGCGGCUGCACAUCUUCAGAGGGGGCCCCCCAUUCUCACGCACUGAAGGGCAAAGAGCCCUUGGUGAGUGAUUAAGGCAGCGCUGAUGCAAUGCAAACGGCAUCUUCCACUCUCAGAGAAGCAGAGCCAACCAAAUCUCAGCAAAGGACAUUUUGACAAAGCCCAGAGAAUUCCUUUGAUUUUUCUCCCCCCUGUGGUGAAGGGAGGCGAGAUUAAGGCAGAAAGGGGAGUAAAUGAGAGCCCUUAAGGCAGGUGUAUCCAAAUGGUUAGCACCCUUGGUAUUUGGUACUUGAGCCGCUCAACGCGAAGUCAGCGGAAGCCUUUAACAUCCCACCAUCGCUUCCAGGAGACAGAAAUUUAAGGCUUUUUUUCCACUGGAGAAGUUGCCCUGCUUGCAAAGCGUGCUCCACUGGUCUUGUUAAAUUCCCUGCAUGACGGUGACGCCUUCUCUCUUAAUCUGCUCCAGAGGAGAAGUUCAGAGCAAAGCCUUUCAGCGUGGUGGCGGCUGGGCACCCUUAAAAUCAGCUCAAUUUCUCGAAAGUGCCCAGAAGUCUUGCAGCAAGGCUGGUUGGAGAACCUCAACUUCUUUUCAACUUUGUUGCCCCUACCCCCAUGGAGUCUAGGUUUAUGAGCGGGGAGGGGUCGGUGGAGGAGUAGAGAUACUGUCUCAGUGUCUCUUCUAUUGUCUUGCCUGUUAGGGGUCUCACCCAUUCAUUCUCUCCUCCCCCCUCCCCCCCCAUCUUAAAUGAGAGUUCACCCAGCCCCAGGGCUGGGAACCAAGAAACCAAUUUAGCCUUCUAAGUGGGUGAAAGCCGAAGCCCACCUCACUGCAGAGGCGGUAAAGUUAUUAUUACAGACGGGAAGUGCAGGACAAUUUAAAAUAUUGUAAUUAUAAACUUGUAGGGAAGCCUUGUUCUUCAUUAAUGUAAGAUAUGAAAUCACCUCGGAGGUACAAGGACAAUUACAUAGUUGGGAAUGUGUCUGUGAUUUACACGGCUGCUGUGUAAAUGUAAGGGUGGUUGCUCCA